AGCCCAAGUUGGAGCCCCCCCCCUCCACCAUGUCACCUGGAGAAAAACUGGACCCGCUUCCUGACACGUUCAUCCUGCAGCCGCCAGUCUUCCACCCGGUGGUUCCUUAUGUCACGACAAUUUGGGGCGGCCUGCGAGCGGGCAAGAUGGUCGUGCUCCAGGGAGCGGUCCCUCUAAACGCACGCAGGUUCCAGGUGGACUUCCAGUGCGGCUGCAGCCUGCACCCCCGGCCAGAUAUCGCCAUCCACUUCAACCCUCGCUUCCACACCACCAAGCCGCACGUCAUCUGCAACACCCUGCGCGGCGGGCGCUGGCAAGCCGAGGCCCGGUGGCCCCAUCUGGCCCUGCCGAGAGGAGCGAGCUUCCUCAUCCUCUUCCUCUUUGGAAAUGAAGAGAUGAGGGUGAGUGUGAAUGGAAAGCACUUUCUCCAUUACCGCUACCAACUCCCGCUGUCUCGUGUGGACACCUUGGGCAUAUAUGGAGAUAUCUUGGUGACGGCCGUUGGAUUUCUGAACAUCCACCCAUUUGUGGAGGGCGGUAGCGAGUAUCCGGUUGGACACCCUUUCCUGCUGAAGAGCCCCAGCCUGGAGGUGCCCUGCUCGCGUGCCCUUCCCCAGGGUCUCUGGCCCGGACAGGUCAUCAUAGUGAGGGGGCUGGUCUUGCCAGAGCCAAAAGAUUUCACGCUCAGUCUGCUGGACGAGGCCGCCCACGUUCCUGUGACGCUCCGGGCUUCCUUCGCCGACAGAACUCUGGCCUGGGUCUCCCGCUGGGGCCGGAAGAAACUGAUCUUGGCCCCCUUCCUCUUCUACCCACAGCGAUUCUUCGAGGUUCUGCUCCUAUGCCAAGAGGGAGAGCUGAAGCUGGCGCUCAGUGGGCAGGGCGUGGGGGCCACCAGCCUGGGCCAGCAGGCCCUGGAGCGGCUGCGGGAACUGCGAAUCAGUGGCAGCGUCCAGCUCUACUGCGUCCACUACUGAGGAGGGAUCCAGAGGCCAAGCCAGAGAAGAAGAGGGCCAGCCUAUAGCCGGGGCCCCACCAGAUGGCCCCACUCUCCUACCCUCAUUAAAAUCUCCACCUGUCAACAUGGUGUCAGGCCUGGCUCACUUCUGAAACCAGGAGCCUGAGUCUGCAGGUGCUUUGGACCCCACAGCAGAAAGGGGGCACAAGAGUGUGAAGGCUCCAGAAACUCUGCAGUUCCCUCCACCAGGAGCCUGGGAUUUGGCCCUGCCUUCCUUCAGGGCCUAGACAAGGAGGUGGGCUUUGUAGCCUAAUGAAGAUACUCCAAAA